UGCAUCAGAAGAUCAGAACUCUGCAAUGACGUCAUUCCGUUGCAAGGACACGCGUUACGUGCGCCCAAUGCCCCGGAUGUGUUUCUGAGCUCUCUGUGUUUCUGCAGAGAAGGAGGAGGAGAUGCCUCUACCCGUGCAGGUCUUUAACUUUCAGGGGGCUGCAGAGCCCAUGCAGAUAGACGCAGACCCUCAGGAAGACCAGCAGAAUGCCCCCGAUGUCAACUACCUGGUGGAAAACCCCACACUGGACUUGGAGCAGUACGCGUCCAGCUACAGUGGGCUAAUGAGAAUUGAGCGACUGCAGUUCAUCGCCGACCACUGUCCCCAGCUCCGGGUAGAGGCCCUCAAGAUGGCGCUGUCCUUUGUCCAAAGAACCUUCAACGUCGACGUGUACGAGGAGAUCCACCGCAAACUCACCGAUGCCACCAGGGAAGUGCAGGGGGUGCCAGACGCAGUCCCUGAGGGUGGGGGCGACCCCCCAGCCCUGGACUCGGCAUGGGCGGAGUCAACCAGGAAAAAAGCCCUUCUGAAGCUGGAGAAACUGGAUACGGACCUGAAGAACUACAAGGGCAACUCCAUAAAGGAGAGCAUCAGGAGAGGCCACGAUGACCUAGGAGACCAUUAUCUGGACUGCGGGGACCUUAGCAACGCCCUCAAGUGUUACUCCCGAGCCAGAGACUACUGCACUAGCGCCAAGCACGUCAUCAACAUGUGUCUUAAUGUAAUCAAGGUUAGCGUUUACCUCCAGAACUGGUCCCAUGUACUGAGCUACGUUAGCAAGGCAGAGUCCACUCCAGAGAUAGCAGAGCAAAGAGGUGAACGAGACGGUCAAAAUCAAGCAGUCCUCACCAAACUGAAAUGUGCUGCAGGUCUGGCGGAGCUCGCCUCUCGAAAGUACAAACAGGCCGCAAAGUGCUUCCUGCUCGCCUCCUUCGACCACUGCGACUUCCCCGAGCUCCUCUCCCCGAGCAACGUGGCGGUGUACGGCGGGAUGUGUGCGCUCGCCACCUUCGACAGACAGGAGCUGCAGAGGAACGUCAUCUCCAGCAGCUCCUUUAAGUUAUUUUUAGAGUUGGAGCCUCAAGUGCGUGAUAUAAUCUUCAAGUUUUACGAGUCGAAAUACGCGUCCUGUCUGAAAAUGCUGGAUGAGAUGAAGGAUAACCUCCUUCUCGACAUGUACCUGGCACCUCACGUCCGAACACUGUACACGCAAAUCAGGAACAGAGCCCUAAUCCAGUACUUCAGCCCGUACGUAUCGGCCGACAUGAACAAGAUGGCGUCCGCGUUCAACACCACGGUGGCGGCGCUGGAGGACGAGCUGACGCAGUUGAUCCUGGAGGGGCUGAUCAACGCACGGAUCGACUCACACAGCAAGAUCCUGUACGCCAGAGACGUGGAUCAGAGGAGCACCACGUUUGAGAAGUCGCUGCAGAUGGGGAAAGAGUUCCAGAGACGAGCCAAGGCCAUGAUCCUGAGAGCAGCUGUGCUGCGGAACCAGAUCCACGUCAAGUCCCCCCCGAGAGAAGGGAGUCAGGGGGAGCUCACGCCCGCCAACAGCCAAACGCGAAUGAGCACCAACAUGUGAUCCUGCCCCCCACCCCCCCCCCCUCAACACACACGCACAUCUCCCCCUCCCUGCGGAGAGCAGACCCCCCCCCCCCCCCCCAGCCUGUCCCCCCGGGCUGUCGGACCUCGCUCGGACCCCCCCGCGCCCCGUCCGGCCCCCCCGCGCCCCGCUCAGACCCCCCCCCGCCCCGCUCAGACCCCCCCAUGAACAAAUCAGAUCUCAAGCAUAAAGACUGCACUUCGGAGGGAAGACGCCGGGCCGGUUCGGUGAGUCACGGACAUGGAAGAGCCUCUCGAAUGUUUCUGAAAAUGAAAAAAGGAAAAAAAAGGUUUAGUCGGAAAUGCAAUACAGCACCUGAGCUGUCGGUGCGCGCCGGUCUGUCCCAGACACACUUCUCUCUGCAUCUCCUGAAGACGUCCCGGAGGAGGAGAAAUAACCCAAACCACCCCCGAUGAAAAGCCUCAGAAACUCACUUUUUUUUUCUUUUUUUUUUCUUUUUUUUUUGCUUUUAAAAUAAAACACAUGUGUAAAAAAAAACGUUAAAAAAACACACAAAAAAACAAAAUUCUGAAAUCGACAGGAUUUUUCUUUUGUUCUCCGGUCCGUCUGGAGCUUGCGGUUUGGGCAAUAAGCCCCUGCAGGUUCUCGUCCCCAUACUCCAGCUGUUUGUAUCAGGGCCUAUUUAAUGAAGCCUUCCAAAUAAAAUGUCUGUAUCUUA